CAUCUAGAGGCCAAGGCGGGCAAUGUCCCUGUUUUGAAGACAUGACACAAUUCAACAUGGCUGCUCCCAUGCGGACGUGUUUUUGUGGAUUCCUGCUUGUGUGAAGAAGCAGAAAAACCAUGAGGAAGUUCAGAGUCCAUGGAUGCCAAAGAAAUAGUCCACUGUGCGCUGCAGCUAGAGAAACUCACCUCGGAGAGAAGCUACGGGAACAUCUGGACCCUCCUCGGUGACCUCGAUAAGUCGCAGGUCACAGCCGAGCAGCUGGAGAUGACGGACAUCGUCAGGGUUCUCUAUAGGCUGCUGAAAACCUGUUCCCACGACGGCAUGAGGAAGAAAGUCCGGGGCUUGUUGUCCAAGUGGAAGAGGCAAUACAGGAAAGUGAAAUGCAGAGGGGAGAGCGAGGGGGAUGGAGGGGAGUCCAAGCAGGAGGAGGAUUCCCCCUGUGGUUCAGCACAGGCAGGUGAUAGCAGAGGGAGUGUGAAUGUUGCUGCAGAGCAAGAAGCAUCAUUCACAGUUGGAAAAGACGACCUCCAGACUCCCACUUCCUCUGUGUCCUCAUCUGUGAGAGCCAAAUGUGCUCAGCUGCUCCUCGCCGCCCUCCAGCCCGAACCCCCCGAUCAGGACGUGGCCGCACGGCUGGCCCGAGACAUCGAGCGGCACGUCCACGAGCUCCACAAACCCAGUCAGGUCAAAUACAAAACCUGCGUGAGGAGCAAGGUAGCCAACCUGAGGAAUCCUAAAAAUGGCCACCUACGCCGGGGCCUCCUGAGCGGCUCCCUGACGCCAGAGGCCUUCGCCCGCAUGUCGGUGAAGGAGAUGGCGAGCGAGGAGCUGCGGCAGCUCAGGGAGGAGUACUCGUCUCGGGGUGUGAGCGAGAGGCAGCUUCCUCAGGGGAUAGAGGGGACGCAGACGCAGAAGAUUCGCUGCAAAAGGUGCGGGGGGUCGGACUGUAGAGUGACGCAGGUGUCCAGGGGUGCCCUGUUCCUGCCUGCGUGGGUGAGGAGCGCCGGCCCUGACGAGGAUGCGAUGACUUUUGUGACCUGCAGUGCCUGCGGGCAGCAGUGGUACCACAGUGGCUGGGUCUGUCUCUAAAUCCAAGUGACGAUGUUUAGAUCCGCCAAGGAGGUUACGUUUUCAUCUCUGGUUGCUUGUUGGUAGAAUUAUUCAUAUUUAUGUGCAAAUUGCUGCAGAUCUUAAUAAAACUCUGGAUCUAGUGCA